AUGCCACCGUCUAUAUGCGAAGUCUGUCAUGUUACGCGUGCGGCGGUCAUCAGACCAAAGAACUCUCAAAAGAUUUGCAAGCAGUGUUUUCUCUCAGUCUUCGAAGACGAAAUUCAUGAGACAAUUGUGGCAAAUUCUUUAUUCCACAGAGGAGAACGCAUCGCCAUCGGGGCCUCUGGUGGAAAAGACUCCACCGUUCUCGCCUCAGUCUUGAAGACUCUGAAUGAACGACAUGACUAUGGCUUGAAUCUGGUCCUUCUCUCCAUCGACGAGGGUAUCAGAGGCUAUCGAGAUGACAGUCUCGAGACGGUAAAGAGAAAUGCCACUCAGUACGGAAUGCCUUUGGAGAUAGUAGGUUAUGAUGAACUCUACGGCUGGACAAUGGACCAAGUUGUGGCUCAGGUAGGCAAGAAGGGAAAUUGCACCUAUUGUGGAGUAUUUCGACGUCAAGCCCUGGACAGAGGUGCCGCCAAAUUGGGUAUCAAACACGUCGUCACCGGUCACAACGCCGAUGAUGUGGCGGAGACGGUCAUGAUGAAUCUAUUGCGUGGUGAUCUUCCACGACUCGCUCGUGCCACCUCAAUCGUGACUGCGAGUGCGGCAAGUGAGAUCAAGCGCAGCAAACCACUCAAAUAUGCGUACGAAAAAGAAAUCGUUCUCUACGCACAUCACCAAAAGCUGGAUUAUUUUAGCACCGAAUGCAUUUACAGUCCGGAAGCUUUCAGAGGUAGUGCUAGAGCAUUGAUAAAAGACCUGGAAAAAAUCCGCCCGAGCAGUAUUCUCGAUAUCGUCAAGAGUGGCGAGGACAUGGCAUCCUUGGUCCCACCUGAAAUAUCAGGCUCGGCAUCUUGUGCUGCGGAUGGAGAGGAUACAACUACCGGUUGUGGCUCGCAGAAUACUAACAACGAGUCAAUGGCUCAGAUGGAGGCAACUCUGGUGGCCAACGAAGCCGCGGCUGAGAUGGAGACGGAGAUCAAACUUCCAAGUGGCAGCUCGAAUAUUCAACGAGUGGAGGCACAGACUCCGGUUAAGAUCCACGACAAGAGAUCAAAAGGACGACGAAAAGUUGUAAAGCAGGUCAUGGGUCAGUGUGAGAGAUGUGGCUAUCUUUCGAGUCAAAAAGUUUGCAAGGCAUGCACAUUGCUCGAAGGUCUGAAUAAGAGCAGACCACGAACCACAGUCGAAGUGGGAAUUGAAGAGGAAGAAGGUAGCACAACGCUGAUGCGACAAGCCGCCAGCCUUGCUAUCUCGGCUGGAUAG